CGGGCAUUGAAACAUGGCGACGGUGAAGUCCCUGGGGUUGCACCAGCCCUCAGGGCUUCAACAUGCCAUUAACGAACAAUUGUUACCGCCGAAUCCACCCCCAACGUCCUAUACAUGGGAUAUUUCAACAGAGGAUCGACUCGAUGGAGAUCUCGAAGAUGAAAUCCUUUCGACGGAACAGUGCGUCAUAUGGUGUCGAGGUGGAAUAUUUCGAAAGACCUUCAGAUUCGAACUCGAAAAAGAACCUGUCAUACAGGCUCUCCUAGCAUACUUUCCGGCUUCCAAGGACGACAAAUCUACACAAGAGGAAGAGGCACAAUCGGACCAGCGGCCCGCUUUGUCUAAAGCGUUGGUUGUCUUCCUCAAGACACAGGCGCACAUAUAUUUCCUCUCUGGCACCAGUCAUAUUGUCCAUAUGCCAUUCGAAGUUGAAACAGCAUUCGCAGGCCCAGUUGGAGUUAUCAUUCAACGAAAGCAAAAAGCUGAGAGUGUUGCGCCAAUUUCCUUCAAGUUUCCUCGAGUGCCGCCGAAUUCCUUCGUCUCUUCGCAGUUGACAGCAUUCAAUAGCUCUCAAUUGACCGCGUUUUCUGUGGAAGGCCUUGGGAAACCGAAGGCACUUCCACUUCGUCUGAGCUCGACUUUAGAUAACCUUUGGGAAGCUCCGCUGGAACAACCCGAGUCCCGCUGGCCACGCCUUGUUUCAUUGACUGACCCGCUGUUGGAAUUGGGACUGGUCGUCACAAACCAAGAGCCCCAAAAUGGCAAGAGCUUAAGGCAGACAGCAACUAAGAAGCUGGCAUUCCUCGAUUCAGCUGAAGAAGUUCUCCAUGUGGAAGAGAUCAAAAUUCCUGGCGCCUUGACACAAGAUCUAAGUCAACCUCUGAUCAUUGCGGUGACAAUCAACCGCGAAACUAGUGAAUACACUGUCUGGCGCCUCACGUACCUGCAGCAUGAAGACCGUUUUCUUGCUCGACAGAAAGAUGCUAAAUCAAAGACUGCCCGGCGUCGUAGUUCCAUGCCUCCUGCAUUUGCUAGUACUCCUGGCACACCUGUCCAGCCCAACCUGCGAGAAAGCUUUGGAGCACCUCUUCCAGGAAAGCGGCCGAGAAAGAGUGAGCGCCUUGAAAAGCCCAUGAUUGACCUUGUGUCAUCAUUAGAACAACAAGACAAGGAAGGCAGUGGUGUUGCGCGGAGGAGCUCUCGUAGGGUCAGCUCCAUGUUGGCGAGAGCGGACUUGUCUGCGUCGCAUGAAAGAGCCAUAUUGCCGGAUCAGCCGCUGUUAUCCAGUCAUGUCGGGGCUAGGAGGCAUGAAUCACAAGGAAGCCAUGCACGCCUUAGUGCCAACUACGCCCAUCAGAUUCAUCCUAGUCUGAGCAGUCUGUUAGCGGCACCUUUCUAUGAAGGCCUCGACGAAGGGUUUUACAACAUGGGUCUAGAUGAUCAUGAGUUUGAUGGGCUACAGCAUGAAAUACUGUUUACUAAACUUCACAGCGUACCUAUGAAUAAUUCCAAUGUUCGAUACUCGGAUAAGCCAGCCCGAACCCAAACCAAGGUCUUCAUUUUGGUGGCGCCUCCGUUUGCAAUCGACGGCCAUGACCAAAGCCAACUUCUCAUUGGCAUUCAGGAUGCUACCGAGAGACGUCUUCAACUUCUCACACUGGAGCUGGGUAUUCAGCGUGGGACUAAUAUGGGCACCAAGCAAGGGAAGAAGAACAAACCCGACGGUACAACCGUCGUAGCCACCGUUGUUGACAGACGACAUGCUCAAAAUGUCGUUGACUCUUGCAAACUAAUGGACGGUGACCAUUCUGCGAUCCUAAUCCUGUCGGAAUCGAUGGAUGGCCGGCACGAACUAAGUACCCAGGCACCGUGGAGUGUCCUUACAAAAAUCUCGCUUUCACUUCUUUUCGUCGAUAACACUAGGAGUUUGCAAUAUUGUGGCAGAGUUGUGGACCGUGAUGUUACUCAGAGAAAGUCUGAGGUUAUUGACCUCAGUAAUGGCAGCAUUGUCGGUGUACGGCAUCCGCGACAAGGUGGCAUUGUUGAUGUUGUCGAUGCUGAGGGUCGCCUUCACGAGCUCCGUAUACAGCUCGAACCGCGGUCACCUCACGCUCGGAGAGUCCUGGACGUUUGUCGUAGCAUUCUGCCACAUGCACUUGGUGAACACAUCUUCGCUGGCUGGCUUCACUGUAUGCAAUGGAUGGGAGGCCACGGCGAGACAAAUACCGAUAUCGAAUGGCCUGCGAUGACCGUCCUCCUUUUGUCUUUGUUUCUGAGUCUCGGCUGGACUGGCACAAAGCCUUUACAGAAAACUCGACAACUUCUUCGAAGAAGAAGGCACCCUUCGGGGACUUUUGGCUCGAUCAGAGAAUCGGAGGAUUGGAGAUACUUGGAAAAAGCUGAGACUUCAAAUUCGUUAGGGUGUCCAACUUGGAUGAUGAAUGGAGGUUGGGAGUGGGCGCUGGAUGAAGAUGGGGACGAUCCUGGAGACGAAACACCAUCUACAACUUUCAUUUCGAAACAUAUAUCUAUGGCCAAAGAGUAUAUGGCCUCUAUACUAGGCGAAACGGCAUUCGGAGCCGUUGGUUAUAUGCCAACUUCACUUGGCAAAAGCAUGGAGAGCCGCCGCAAGGUUGCUGUUGAUGUGUUUAUGGGAUUGCACCUACUUCUCGAGGAAGAAAAACUUGAUAUCAUGACACCAGAAUUCAGAUCUCCUGGCCGUGCUGAUCUCCGAGUCAUUAUGUGUCAAAUAGCUCGAUGGCUCAGGUGGCCCAGCUUCAUCGCUAUAUAUGAGGCGGGCAUACAAGAAGACGUUGAUCAACGUCAUGAUUCCGAUCUCAAUCUGAGGCCUGCAAUCCCUCAGCCACCCGUAAGGCCAGAUGUCGUCAACUGGAUUCAAUCACGUCUCACUGGAGAACGGAGGGUUCCUUACAUCACCCCAGCGGAUGUUUAUUACGCUGGCUCCCAAUUGUCCGAAGCGGAAAAGUCACAGGACAGGCGAUGGGAGUCUAUUCUCCCAAGAACACUUAUGUUUAAGCAAUUCUUCAAAUUUAUGAAACCAAGCACGAGUGCAGUACAGAUGGUGGAAGCUAUGAGGGAUGCCGGAAUUACACCAUUAAUUCUUGAUACCCUCCCAGAGGCCAUUCUUACACCUCUACGUGAUGCCAUUUCAUUGUGUCAACCGCACCCACCGACCUCCUGGUCCAAGGACCUCCUCGAAUUGGUUGACCGCCGGGAUAUCAGCCUCAUUCUCGCUCCUGGGAAGCAAGCUAAACCAAGCGCUUCCAAGAUUCUAUUCUCAGAAGAAAAGGUGUGCUGGGGCUUCUUUCACCAAGGCGUCGCAGCUGGGUUAGCUAUUUCUCCCCAGGCCCAAGGUAUCGAUACAUCAUGGAUUCUUUACAACAAACCUGGUCAAGAUCUCAACAAUCGACAUGCUGGUUUCCUCCUUGCUCUUGGCCUGAACGGCCAUUUGAAAGAUGUCGCAAAAUGGGUUGCGUUCAAAUAUUUGACUCCAAAACAUACAAUGACCUCCAUCGGGUUACUUCUGGGUCUGGCAGCAUCUUACAUGGGUACAAUGGAUUCGUUGAUUACUCGCUUACUUUCCGUUCAUGCCACGAGGAUGUUGCCUCGUGGAGCGGCAGAAUUGAAUCUGUCACCCCUAACGCAGACUUCUGGUAUAAUGGGCAUCGGCUUACUAUAUGCCAACAGUCAACACCGGCGAAUGAGUGAGAUUAUGCUCUCUGAAAUUGAGCAUAUUGACGAAGAGGAUGAAGAAGAGCCCCUGAGAAGCGAAUGCUACCGAUUGGCAGCUGGAUUUGCUCUCGGAUUCAUCAACCUAGGCAAAGGCAAUGAUCUCAAGGGAUUGCAUGACAUGAGACUCACAGAAAAACUCAUUUCUCAUGCUACAACAACUAAAAACAUUGAAGUAGUUCAUAUUCUGGACCGAGCAGCUGCUGGCGCUGUCAUGGCCCUGGCUCUCAUCUACAUGAAGUCAGAAGAUCAGAUCGUCGCCCGCAAGAUCGACAUACCCAACUCGGUCUUGCAAUUUGACUACAUUCGUCCUGAUAUUCUUCUCUUGCGGACCUUGACGAAGAAUAUAAUCAUGUGGUCCAAGAUUGAGCCGACAUUUGCUUGGAUUCGCAAGAACCUACCACGUCCUUAUCGUUCCCAGUUCAAGCUACAGUCAACAACAAAACUGCAGUCAACUGAUAUGGCAUUCCACAGCAUAGUGGCUGGCCUCUGCUUCUCUAUUGCACUGCGCUUCUCUGGCAGCGCAUCUCCUAAAGUCCGGGAUCUUCUACUUUAUUAUUUGGAUCAGUUUAUGCGUAUCGCACAGAUACCAUCCACUGCAGGCAUGCAUCCCAAUGGUACUCCGCCGUAUGAUGAAGAACUAACACGAACCAAUGCACGCAUGUGUCAAGACAUCGUUGCCAUAUCUGCGUCCAUUGUCAUGGCCGGAACAGGUGAUGUUCCUGUCCUACGUCGUCUUCGUGCACUUCAUGGUCGUGAUGAUCCUGAGACACCCUACGGUUCUCAUCUUGCGGCUCAUCUCGCGAUCGGCGCUUUGUUCUUGGGAUGCGGAACAGCAACUUUUGGCACCAGCAACCUCGCUAUUGCUUCUCUAUUGGUUGCAUUUUACCCCAUUUUCCCUACGAGUGUUAUGGACAAUCGAUCCCAUCUCCAAGCUCUUCGCCAUUUCUGGGUUCUGGCUACAGAGCAGCGGUGUCUGGUCACAAAAGAUGUUCUCACCGGCCAGCCAAUCACUGUUCCUGUCCAAAUAAGGAUGCACCAGAUUGCUAGUCUGUCAACCACAUGUGGACCCCAGUUCUGGGAUGUGGAGCUUGACUUCUCUAACCCAGAGGUUAGAGCUGCUUUCCAAGACACCCAAAGUCUGUACCUCCGCAGGCGCCCACCGCGCGAAGGAGCCUUUGCUUCAACUCUUCGGGCACUUGGUAGGGAUGAAAAUAGCAAAGACCCUCUGGAAUGGGUCUUUGGACUUGAGGGUCUCCGUGGUAUCAGUUACGCCGAGCGAGCAGUAGUGCUCGAGCGAGGUGACGACACUCAGCACUCGAGCAGUGCUAUUGAUGCAAGACUGGAGAUGGCCAAGGGCAUUGCAGAAGGCACAGAUCGGGAGCGUCUGGAGGGAGCCAGGUUGCUGUUCGAAUGGGCUUCUGUACGUGAUCGACUACGAGACACCAACAUGUUCGACAGUCAGGAGACCAUCACCGAGUCACACGUACGUCGUGAAGUCGUAAGGGAAGACGACCAAGAUGCUACAGUGGAAGAUGGGGGUGUUUGGUGGAUGCGAGACAGUGUCGUCGAGAACCUGAAGGGCAUGGUAUGGCUUGCUAGUCGUGAAGGCGAGCAUUGA